AUGUUCUCCACCAAGACUUCGGCACAGUUAGACGCAUGGAUGCGGUGGGAUACCAACAGCCUGAGCGACGAAGAGCGCAAGGCGUGCAUCUUUGCCCGUGGCGAAGCCUUGGCUAUUCUAGAGUGGCUAUGUCAUCGCACGAAGUCCAUCCACUACAUGAUUGAGACGGACAAAAACAAGGAUGCACAAAAUAUCAUGGCGACAGAAAAGUUCCAUGAAAUGAUACUUUGCCGCUAUGCCCGUAUGAUUCUAGCCUACGACGCAGAAGCCAAACAUAACAACAUUGGUGGUGCCCCUUGCUGUACCGACACCAGUUUGCUUUUUGUCCAGCUUCAGGGCGUCUGCAGCGGAGAAUUGAACAAGGUUAUAUGUCGCAGUAUCGACCAGCUUCCUCGUUCCUUGGUCCCAAAGAUGCUCAAGUUACCCGUAAUCACUCUCAUUGACUGUGAUGCCUGUGCGGAUUCCUCAACGCAAUUGAGAACUCCCAAGGAGAUUCUGGAACUUGGUACGAGUGUGAGGGAUAAACUGUAUCUGGAUGGCAUGAAAGUCAAGCUGGAGAGCACAAAUCCGAUUGUGUGCUGCUCGUAUCGCCAGACCAAUAUGCAAAUUCUCGCUGGGAUGAAAGCUUCUGGCUUUACUGUAACUGCUUCCAAUCGUUCAAGCUCUACAUCUAGAUCAGCAACCCCCGUAUCUCGAGACCCUUCUCCCGAAAUUGGUAAUUUUAUGGAAGUGGACUAUAUCGACAAUUUUCUUGGCGCGUCAUCAGAGAUGGAAGAUGACCCACCCCCCAAGGCAUCAAAAUACAACUAUCCGUACAUGAAGGAGGAUUAUAACGGGGCUGGAAGAGCAUUUGGAACAGGCCUUACAUUCAUGGAUCAGCUCAAACAGGAUCAAUUCGAACCCCAGCGGGCGGAAAAUUUGUACUAUCCUUUUGCCUCGAAAGAUGAAUGGGAGCUCUCCCUGUUCCUACUUCGCUCUGACAUGAGCGUAGGAAUGCUGAAUGAUUUUUUGAAACUUGAACUGAUAAAAAAACUCAACUUGUCCUACAAGUCGGCAAAAGAUCUACGCAACCGGGCAGAGAUCCUUCCCUCUGGUCCGCAGUGGAAGAGUCAAAUGAUCAUACCAGAAAUACCAAGCAAAAAUCAGCUAACGCUUUUUUACCGCGAUGGAUUGGAAUGUAUCAAGGCGCUUCUCAUCAGUCCCUUGCUCCAAGAUAGCAUGCACUUUAGCCCAUUCAAGCUCUUCGACAAGUGCAACGAGAUGAUGUGGGUAUACACUGAGUGGUUUAGCGGUGACAUUGCGCAUUUUAUGCAGGACCAGCUCCCAAAAGGAGCAACACUUGUACCUCCUAUUAUUUCCACGGAUAAAACCAACAUUUCCAACAUGACCGGAGGCCGUGUCGCCUACCCUGGCCUUAUCAGCAUUGCCAACAUAAUGAUGAACGUUAGAAACAAAUCGUCAAAUCAUUUAUUCCUUCUUUUUGUUCUUCUUCCCAUACCAAAGUUUCUUCAUCGCUCCAAAGCUGUGAAUGGGAUGAUGGCAGCACGGCUAUAUCACCAGUGCAUGGACAUUGCUCUAGAAUCGGUCAAACAAACUGCGAGGGUGGGAACCACCAUGGCAGAUGCAUUGGGGAAUAAUCGUUUCUGCUUUACACCGCUUGCUGCCCUUAUCGUUGAUACUCCAGAAUCUGCUCUGGCGGCUUGCGUCGCAGGAUCCACAUCCUCUGUGACGUUGGCACAAUACGAGACGUUUGGGGAUUCCUUUCGCCACCCUUCCCGAACUGCAGAUCAUACAAUCAACACCAUCAUGGCCAUCAACAAUGUUAAGCCCCCUAAUCAUCUCAAACCAUAUCUAAAAGAAAGCAAAAAGCACCGUCUCAAUGGGGUUCACCUACCGUUUUGGAGAGAUUGGCCCUUGUCUGAUCCUUCUGCAUUCCUUACGCCUGAACCCCUUCAUCACUGGCACAAGAUGUUCUGGGAUCAUGAUGCAAAAUGGUGCAUUGCUGCAGUCGGAGGUUCCGAAUUGGAUUUUCGAUUUUCGAUUUUACAGCACCGCACUGGUUUCCGACACUUCAAGGAAGGGAUUUCUUCCUUGAAACAAGUGACCGGUAGGGAACAUCGGGACGUUCAGCGAUACAUUGUUGCUCUCAUUGCAGACACAGUCAGUACACCCUUUAUCUUAGCCAUCCGGUCUCUGAUGGACUUUCGGUAUCUCGCACAAUCUCAAACAAUCUCCGAGGCAAUGUGUCUCAGAAUUGAGCAGGCACUGCAAGAUUUCCAUGCCAAUAAACAAGCCAUCCUUGACGCGGGAGCACGUCGAGGUAAAAAAAACAACCCAAUCGAUAAUUUCUAUAUUCCAAAACUCGAGUUUUUGCAAAGUGUAGUACACGCAAUUAGACUAAAUGGAUGUGCAAUCCAAUGGUCUGCAGACACGACAGAGCAUGCACAUAUCGAGGUGGUCAAAGCCCCUUCCAGUUCCAGCAAUAAUCAAAGAUACGAGCCUCAAGUUUCUAUACGAGAAAUGAGGAUUGAUUUUCGGGCUAUACACUCUGCAACAAUUACGGAUGAGGAGGAGCAGGAGGAGGGGGAUGAGGGGGAGGAAAACGGCGAGGUUGUGAUGGACACAACGUCAGAACUUCUUUCAACAAUCAUGCCGAUGACAACCUUUCAAUCAGCAAAGUCCAAUCGCAUUGUGGAUUACUUCUACAAAGCUAGUCUCUAUGAGCGUGGCGUAUUGGAAGGCCCAGUCCCCUACAGAACAUUUUCUUGCAGCAAAAACGUUGUUGCCCAUUUAUCUAGGGAUGCUAGUUCCAAAAGAUUGCAUAUCGACGAGGUUGCGAGCAUUUUUAAAAUUCCCGACCUACGACCAGCAAUUGCCGAUUAUGUCCGUAUACAGUCGACUGCGUACCAAUACCCUCAUGAGAUCCUGGAGGCAGUCACACUUAAUGCAUAUCCGCCAUCUAACAAACAUCCUUUUGGAUACUUCGAUUCAGCAAUCAUAAACGUGGAUGAAUCUGAGGAGUGGCCUCGCAGCGGGCUUCAAGGCCAUUCUGUCGUCGACAUUCGUAUUAUUUUUCGCAUUGUCGGAGAGACACCCAGUACUGUGUCUCCCGAUAUUACUGGAAGAUUUCUCACAUACGUCCAACGUUUUGAGGUUUUAAAUCAGCCACAGUCUCUAGGUUCUGCGAUCCGUGGACCUUACCCAGAGCCAAUAACCGGCAUGUAUAAAUUAAAACGAAGUCAACGUACAGAUAACACCAUUAUGGGUGGAAUUUUACCAUUGAAUCAAAUACGCUCCCUGGUUGAUCUGGUCCCUCAGAUGGGCGAGAAGGCAAGGCGAAGCCUUACUACACAUAACAGUCAUUCCACUAGCACCGAGUUCCGAUUAAACAAAUAUUUUGACAAAGAACUCUAUUUGGCCCUGUCAUCAUAA